CGGUUAUGAUGUAUUUCAAUAGUAGAUUUCAGUGAUCAGUUAGUUGUUUGGCCGCAGAUUUGAAGCGAGAAAGAUGAGUGUACCAAUGAAAAGUAUGUUAAACGGGUUGAAAAUACCGGCAAUCGGAUUGGGAACUUGGCAGUGUACAAAUGCACCGGAAUUGGAGACCGCUUUAGAUACAGCCCUAGAAUGUGGAUAUCGCCACAUUGACACUGCCUUUGUUUAUCAAAAUGAAGAAAUUAUCGGGGGAGUUUUGAAAAAAUGGUUCACUUCAGGAAAACUCAAGAGAGAAGAUUUAUUUAUCACCACAAAGCUACCAUUAUAUGGUGUGCACGAAGACAGGGUGGAAAUGUUCAUGGAUAAAUCAUUGAAGAAUUUGGGUUUGGAUUAUGUGGACCUGUACCUCAUUCACUUUCCUGUAGGUACACAAUAUAAUGAAAACGGUCAAUUCGAUCACCGCAAACCGGAAAAGUCAGAUCACAUCGCGAUCUGGAAAAAAAUGGAAGAACAGGUAAAUGCUGGUAAAACGAAAUCAAUCGGAGUAUCGAAUUUCAAUGAGAGGCAAAUUGAGAAAAUCUGGAAUAACUGCAGAAUUAAACCAGCAUGCCUGCAAGUAGAACUCCAAAUUUAUCUGCAACAACCCGACCUCGUGAACUACUGUCAUUCGAAGAAAAUUGCUGUCGUAGCAUACUCACCGUUGGCUUCGCCGCAAUACAACAAUUUCAUAGGAGUAUUUGGGAUAGAGCCCAAAGAACUACCAAACGUCUUCACUAACCCAACAGUCAAACAAAUUGCUGAAAAGCAUAAAAAGAGUAGCGCUCAGAUAGCAUUGAGGUACUUAAUAGAGAAGGAUAUCAUACCUAUACCAAAAAGUGUAACUCCGUCCAGAAUCAGGGAAAAUUUCCAGGUUUUUGAUUUCAAUCUUGAUACUGACGACAUGAAAAAACUGGAAAAACUUGAUCUAGGAGAACCAGGACGAGUUUGCGACUUUACUUUUUUGGAAAGUUUAAAAGAUCACCCAGAAUGGCCGUUCAAAAAAUAAAAGCACUGAUUGUCAAUUAAUAAUACCAACAGGAGAGCACUAAAAUAUCAAUCAAAGUAUGGCACCUAAAGAUGUUUCCUCACCAGUAAAGAGCAUAUUAACAUAUUUUGCACUUGUUGUUUAAUGUAUUCGCAAAUAUAUAUGGAUUAUCAAAAUGAAUAAAUGUUGAAGGUACAGA